ACGUGGACAUGGACGUGGACGUGGACGUGGACAUGGACGUGGACGUGGACGUGGACGUGGACGUGGACGUGGACGUGGACGUGGACGUGGACGUGGACGUGGACAUGGACGUGGACGUGGACGAGGACGUGGACGUGGACGUGGACGUGGACCUGGACGUGGACAUGGACGUGGACGUGGACGUGGACGUGGACAUGGACGUGGACGUGGACGUGGACGUGGACAUGGACGUGGACGUGGACGUGGACGUGGACCGUGGACGUGGACGUGACAUGGACGUGGACGUGGACAUGGACGUGGACUGUGCGUGGACAUGGACGUGGACGACGUGGACGUGGACGUGGACGGACUUGGACGUGGACAUGGACGUGGACGUGGACGUGGACAUGGACGUGGACGUGGACAUGGACGUGGACAUGGACGUGGACGUGGACGUGGACGUGGACCUCGACGUGGACGUGGACUGGACGUGGACCUGGACGUGGAUGUGGACGUGGACCUGGACGUGGACGUGGACGUGGACGUGGACAUGGACGUGGACGUGGACGUGGACGGUCAUGGACGUGGACGUGGACGUGGACGUGACGUGGACGGACGUGGACGUGGACGUGGACAUGGACGUGGACGUGGACAUGGACGUGGACAUGGACGUGGACGUGGACAUGGACGUGGACGUGGACGUGGACAUGGACAUGGACUGGACAUGGACGUGUGGACGGGACGUGGACGUGGACGUGGAAGUGGACGUGGACGUGGACGUGGACGUGGACGUGGACAUGGACGUGGACAUGGACGUGGACGUGGACGUGGACGUGGACGUGGUCAUGGACGUGGACGUGGACGUGGACGUGGACAUGGACAUGGACGUGGACGUGGACGAGGACAUGGACGUGGACGUGGACGUGGACGUGGACGUGGACGUGGACCUGGACGUGGACGUGGACGUGGACAUGGACGUGGACAUGGACGUGGAACGUGGACGUGACGUGGACGUGGACGUGGACAUGGACGUGGACGUGGACGUGGACCUCGACGUGGACGUGGACGUGGACGUGGACCUGGACGUGGAUGACGUGGACAUGGACGUAGACAUGGACGUGGACGUAGACGUGGACGAGGUCAUGGACGUGGACGUGGACGUGGACGUGGACGUGGACAUGGACGAGGACGUGGACGUGGACGUGGACGUGGACGUGGACAUGGACGACGUGGACGUGGACGUGGACGUGGAUGUGGACGUGGACGUGGACCUCGACGUGGACGUGGACGUAGACGUGGACGUGGACGUGGACGUGGACGUGGACAUGGACGUGGACGUGGACGUGGACGUGGACGUGGACAUGGACAUAGACUUGGACGUGGACAUGGACGUGGAGGUGGACGUGGACGUGGACCUGGACCUGGACGUUGACAUGGACGUGGACAUGGACGUGGACGUGGACAUGGACAUGGACGUGGACGUGGACGUGGACAUGGACGUGGACAUGGACAUGGACGUGGACCAGAUGGACGUGGACAUGGACGUGGACGUGGACGUGGACGUGGACAUGGUCGUGGACGUGGACGUGGACAUGGACCAUGGACACGAGGACGUGGACGUGGACGUGGACGUGGACGUGGACAUGGACGUGGACAUGGACGUGGACGUGGACGUGGACGUGGACAUGGACGUGGACGUGGACGUGGACGUGGACAUGGACGCGGACAUGGACGUGGACAUGGACGUGGACGUGGACAUGGACGUGGACUUGGACGUGGACGUGGACGUGGACAUGGACGUGGACGUGGACUUGGAGGACGUGGACGUGGACGUGGACGUGGAGGACGUGGACGUGGAUGUGGACGUGGAGGACUUGGACGACGUGGACGUGGACGUGGACGUGGACCGUGGACGUGGACCUCGACGUGGACGUGGACGUGGACGUGGACGUGGACCUGGACGUGGAUGUGGACGUGGACCUGGACGUGGACGUGGAUGUGGACGUGGACGUGGACAUGGACGUGGACGUGGACGUGGACGAGGUCAUGGACGUGGACGUGGACGUGGACGUGGACGUGGACAUGGACGUGGACGUGGACGUGGACAUAGACGUGGACGUGGACAUGGACGUGGACAUGGACGUGGACGUGGACAUGGACGUGGACGUGAACGUGGACAUGGACAUGGACAUGGACAUGGACGUGUGGACGAGGACGUGGACGUGGACGUGGAAGUGGACGUGGACGUGGACGUGGACGUGGACAUGGCCGUGGACAUGGACGUGGACGUGGACGUGGACGUGGACGUGGUCAUGGACGUGGACGUGGACGUGGACGUGGACGUGGACAUGGACAUGGACGUGGACGUGGACGUGGACGAGGUCAUGGACGUGGACGUGGACGUGGACGUGGACGUGGACCUGGACGUCAUGGACGUGGACGUGGACGUGGACGUGGACGUGGACAUGGACGAGGACGUGGACGUGGACGUGGACGUGGACGUGGACAUGGACGUGGACGUGGACAUGGACGUGGACGUGAACGUGGACAUGGACGUGGACAUGGACAUGGACGUGGACGUGGACGAGGACGUGGACGUGGACGUGGACGUGGACGUGGACAUGGACGUGGACAUGGACGUGGACAUGGACGUGGACGUGGACGUGGACGGGGACAUGGACGUGGACGUGGACAUGGACGUGGACGUGGACGUGGACAUGGACGUGGACGUGGACGUGGACGUGGACGUGGACGUGGACGUGGACGUGGACGUGGAGGACGUGGACGUGGACGUGGAUGUGGACGUGGACGUGGACCUCGACGUGGACGUGGACGUAGACGUGGACGUGGACCUGGACGUGGACGUGGACAUGGACGUGGACGUGGACGUGGACGUUGGACGUGGACGUGGACAUGGACAUAGACUUGGACGUGGACAUGGACGUGGAGGUGACGUGGACGUGGACCUGGACCUGGACGUUGACAUGGACGUGGACAUGGACGUGGACGUGGACAUGGACAUGGACGUGGACGUGGACGUGGACAUGGACGUGGACAUGGACAUGGACGUGGACCAGAUGGACGUGGACAUGGACGUGGACGUGGACGUGGACGUGGACAUGGUCGUGGACGUGGACGUGGACAUGGACAUGGACGUGGACGUGGACAUGGACGUGGACGUGGACGUGGACGUGGACGUGGACAUGGACGUGGACGUGGACGUGGACGUGGACAUGGACGUGGACGUGGACGAAAACGUGGACGUGGACGUGGACGUGGACGUGGACAUGGACGUGGACAUGGACGUGGACGUGGACGUGGACGUGGACAUGGACGUGGACGUGGACGUGGACGUGGACAUGGACGCGGACAUGGACGUGGACAUGGACGUGGACGUGGACAUGGACGUGGACUUGGACGUGGACGUGGACGUGGACAUGGACGUGGACGUGGACUUGGAGGACGUGGACGUGGACGUGGACGUGGAGGACGUGGACGUGGAUGUGGACGUGGAGGACUUGGACGUGGACAUGGACGUGGACGUGGACGUGGACAUGGACGUGGACGUGGACAUGGACGUGGACAUGGACGUAGACGUGGACGUGGACGUGGACGUGGACGUGGACGUGGACCUCGACGUGGACGUGGACGUGGACGUGGACCUGGACGUGGACGUUGACAUGGACGUGGACCUGGACGUGGACGUGGACGUAGACGUGGACGAGGACGUGGACGUGGACGUGGACAUGGACGUGGACGUGGACAUGGACAUGGACGUGGACAUGGACGUGGACGUGGACAUGGACGUGGACAUGGACAUGGACGUGAACCAGAUGGACGUGGACAUGGACGUGGACGUGGACGUGGACGUGGACGUGGACAUGGUCGUGGACGUGGACGUGGACGUGGACAUGGACGUGGACGUGGACGUGGACAUGGACGUGGACGUGGACGUGGACGUGGACAUGGUCGUGGACGUGGACGUGGACGUGGACAUGGACGUGGACGUGGACAUGGACGUGGACGUGGACGUGGACAUGGACGUGGACGUGGACGUGGACGUGGACAUGGACGUGGACUUGGACGUGGACAUGGACGUGGACGUGGACGUGGAGGUGGACAUGGACGUGGACAUGGACGUGGACGUGGACGUGGACAUGGACGUGGACAAGGACGUGGACAUGGACAUGGACGUGGACGUGGACGUGGACAUGGACGUGGACAUGGUCGUAAACGUGGACGUGGACGUGGACGUGGACGUGGACAUGGACGUGGACAUGGACGUGGACAUGGACUUGGACAUGGACGUGGACGUGGACUUGGACGUGGACAUGGAGGUGGACGUGGAGGUGGACAUGGACGUGGACGUGGACGUGGACGUGGACAUGGACGUGGACGUGGACCAUGGACAUGGACAUGGACGUGGACGUGGACGUAGACAUGGACAUGGACGUGGACGUGGACGUAGACGUGGACGUGGACGUGGACGUGCACGUGGACGUGGACGUGGACGUGGACGUGGACAUGGACGUGGACGUGGACGUGGACGUGGACGUGGACGUGGACGUGGACGUGGACGUGACAUGGACGUGGACGUGGACGUGGACGUGGACAUGGACGUGAACGUGGACGUGGACGUGGACGUGGACGUGGACGUGGACAUGGACUUGGACGUGGACGAGGACGUGGACGUGGACGUGGACGUCGACGUGGACAUGGACGUGGACGUGGACGUGGACGUGGACAUGGACGUGGACAUGGACGUGGACGUGGAGGUGGACGUGGACGUGGACGUGGACAUGGACGUGGACGUGGACAUGGACGUGGACAUGACGUGGACGUGGACGUGGACGUGGACACGUGGACGUGGACAUGGACGUGGACAUGGACGUGGACGUGGACGUGGACGGGGACGUGGACGUGGAGGACGUGGACGUGGACGUGGACGUGGACGUGGAGGACGUGGACGUGGACAUGGAGGACUUGGACGUGGACAUGGACGUGGACGUGGACGUGGACAUGGACGUGGACAUGGGACGUGGGACGUGGACGUGGACGUGGACCUGGACGUGGACGUGGACGUGGACAUGGACGUGGACGUGGACGUGGACGUGGACGUGGACAUGGACAUGGACGUGGACGUGGACAUGGACGUGGAGGUGGACGUGGACGUGGAGGUGGACAUGGACGUGGACAUGGACGUGGACAUGGACGUGGACGUGGACAUGGACGUGGACAUGGACAUGGACGUGGACAUGGACGUGGACGUGGACAUGGACGUGGACAUGGACAUGGAUGUGGACCAGAUAGACGUGGACAUGGACGUGGACAUGGACGUGGACAUAGACAUGGACGUGGACGUGGACUUGGACGUGGACAUGGACGUGGACGUGGAGGUGGACAUGGACGUGGACAUGGACGUGGACAUGGACGUGGACAUCGACGUCGACGUGGACGUGGACAUGGACGUGGACAUGGACGUGGACAUGGACAUGGACGUGGACGUGGACGUGGACGUGGUCGUGGACGUGGACGUGGACGUGGACGUGGACAUGGACGUGGACAUGGACGUGGACAUGGACUUGGACAUGGACGUGGACAUGGACUUGGACGUGGACAUGGAGGUGGACGUGGAGGUGGACGUGGACGUGGACGUGGACGUGGACGUGGACAUCGACGUGGACGUGGACAUGGACGUGGACAUGGACGUGGACGUGGACGUGGACAUGGACGUGGACGUGGACGUGGACGUGGACGUGAACGUGGACGUGGACGUGGACGUGGACCUGGACGUGGACGUGGACGUGGACGUGGACGUGGACGUGGACGUGGACGUGGACGUGAACGUGGACGUGGACGUGGACGUGGACGAGGACGUGGCAUGGACGUGGACGUGGACGUGGACGUGA